CUCCCGCGGCCCGCGCGUUGUCAGUCUCGUUGUCAACCGCAUUUGUAGUGAAUUACGCGCGCGAUCACGGUAAAACGCACGUGCACACGGUUUUUCUUUUUCUUUUUUAUCUCUUUUGCACUACUCGAGGAGAACAGCCUUGAAAAAGUACAGUCGACGAGGCAAGUGAGAAAGAGACGUACUCCGAGUGUAUAGCGAACGUCGCUUAUGUAAUCGCGUUGGAGGCAGUGGAGGAGACGAGGAAAAGCCGAGAGAGAAACACGACGUGUGAGUGUCAGCUAUUGCGAGCGAGCGAGCGAGCGGAGUGAGAGAGAUAUAUUGAGAGCGUGUGAGAGCGAGAGAGAGAGAGAGAGAGAGAGAGAGAGAGAGAGAGAGAGAGGGAGCGAGAGAACACAAGGAGGUGGAGAUUUCGAGAAAAAUCUCACGGCAAAUCUUUUCUCGACGUCUUUGCGCUUUCGAGAGCCGCUAAAAAAAGAUUUUGUGCGUGAUAUAUUCCGGAAAAGGAAAGAGGGAAAGAAGGAAGGAAAGAAAUUACUUGCUGGUGCAAGCGAGAGAGAGAGUGCGUGUCGGGUAUCCAAAACGGACGCGCGGGCUCAAACGGGUCCAGAAAAUGGACUCGCCUGUCAUCGUGGACGCAGCAUCCAAAUUGGGACGAGAGAUCGAUUUGGACCACUGCUCGUUCCCCGGGUUCCCGUUUGACGACGACGCCGACGUUUUCGAGCGUCCGCGCAGCGACGGCAUCCGCGCGCACCUGGACGACCUUGCGGCGCGCCACCCCGAGUUCGCUGAGCACCUGCGCGGUCCGCCUUGGCCGUUUAGCGGUUCCCUGCUGCGCGACCGUCGCCGCCGACGCCGCGGCUCCGGUAGUAGCAAUAACGACGAUCAACAGCAACCAAAUCAACAGCAUCAGGACGAGGACGCGCGUAGUCAGGCAAGUGGUAGCAGUGCCGCGAGUGGUGCGAGUGCCGUCAGCUCACACAGCGGCGGCGGUGGCGAGCACGACUCGACGUCAUCGUCCGCGAUACCGCAGUACGGUCUACGUAACACAGUGGACAUAGGCCAGCAACAGCGACGCCGCGACAUGGAGACGAGUCCGGAGAAGGAUGAGCGUGGUCAGCGCUCGAUGUCGGCACCACCAACGGAAAGCUGGCAACAGCCACAGUCGCAACAGCCAGGUCAAGAACAGCAACUACCACCGCAACCUGGUCAAGGUCAGAGAUUCGUGUCCCGAGUAGAUAUCACGCCGCAGCACAAUCAGCAACGUGCACAGUCGCCUAGUAAACCAGCCAGCAAUGUCCGACAUAUCCCCAUCUUCGUGGAGGGUCGCGACGUGCCGGUGAUGCCAAAGGUCGCGACAGACGACGCGCCGCCGUCCACCUUCCAGCAACGACAAUCGUCGCCGCCGUCUCACUUCGACAGAUCGUCACCACCAGCGCAUCAUUUCCACAGACCCUCGCACUUUAACGAACGCUUCAGUCGGCAGCAGUGGCCACCGUCGCAUUUCCAGGAUGCGUUUUAUAAGCCAGCAGGUUUUGAACAGCCAAUGCGGCGGCAGUUUCAGUCACAACAUCAGCAACCCCAAUACUAUUAUCAACAGCCUCAACAUCAGCAACAGCCUCAGUAUCAACAUCCGCCAUAUCAGCAGCAACAGCAGCAGCAACCUCAGCAUCAUUAUGAGCAACACCAUCAGCAACAGCAGACACAGCAGUCUCAACCUCAGCCUCAUCAGGAACAGCAACAGCAACAACAAGAAACUCCAAAACCAAAGCCUCCGGUGCCAAAGGAUCCUCUGGAGAGAGUCGCCCAGGUACAAAAAGAAGUGGACAAUCUAGCCGAACAGGUGCAACGUUACGUUGGUGGCUCUCGGCAAGACAAGGAAUACAUGUACUUGGACGAGAUGCUGACGCGCGAAUUAAUCAAGCUGGAUGACAUAGAGACGGAAGGUCGGGAGAACGUGCGGCAGGCGCGUAAGAACGCCAUCAAGAGCAUUCAGGAUACCAUUAGCUUGCUGGAAACAAAAACACCAAUUGCCAAACAGCAGGAGCAACAACCCACCGCGCAUAAAGUGGCUCAGGAGUGUUCUGAGAAAGAUCAGCAGGGAGAAGAAAUCUCGCACGUUCCUGAGCCGAUGGAGGUAGACGCGAAGCAAGAGAAGCUUAGUAGCGAGCCGAUACCGCUUCCGCCGGUGCCGUCGUCGCCGACGAAGACGAAAGUGGAAUCCUCGGAAAGUGAAAGUGCGGCAACAGCUGUCGAAUCAGCAAAUCAAAACGUUAUUCCUACUGGACAGCAGAUUACCGAACAGAAAACAGAGAAUCCAGUUAUAGCGGAACAGCCUGUCGCAUCGACAGACGAAUCAACAAAAUGCGCGGUCGAAACAAGCAAGGAAUCAAAACCGAGUGAUGGAAAAGAUGAAGAACAACAAAAAGACUUGUUACGAACAAUGGAAAAUAAACACGCGACAUCAAAGCAGCAGACGAAGGAAACGACGGAGGGAAAAACGGAAGUGAACGACGGCCAGCGGAGUUCGACAGAAUCGCCGAGGUUGCAGAAGAAGGCAAAAAAGACGAAGAAGAAGGAGCAGCAACAGCAACCGGUGUCCGAGCAAGCAAUCCCGCUGCCACCACCACCAACGGAGAGCACGAAGUAAAAACAGAACGUUGAGGAAGUGUCGUAUAGUCGAAUGUGGAUCCCAACGUGGACACGACUCGACCAGAGUUGACGAG